AUGGCGGGCGAUGUGGAAUACUCAUGGGCGCCCAAAGACAUCGUUUACACGGCGAUUGUCGGCGUGGUGAUGCUGGCUGCCAUCUUGGAAUGGUUCUUGUGGAUUGCUGCAUUUUGUUACUGCCUGUGGAAGGUCUUCCUCAAGGCCGAACAUUGGACUAUUAGGGUACUGGCAGUCGUCGUUGGCAUCCUGUUCACAUGCUUCAGAGCCAUUUUCCUCCCCAUCAUGAUCGUCACUCUGCCGCUACCUAGUGUGGUCGUUGCAGUGUGGCCUGACGCCAUGGUCAAGGGCCUUCAAUGGUUUGCCUUCUGGAGUUUUGCCGGUCUCUUGACCAUUCCAUGGCUCUUCUGCGUUUACCAAUUGGUUACAAAUCAGCUGGGUCGCACAAAGAGAAUCAAGCAGGUUCUCGACGAAGUCUCCGCACCAAAGGUUGUGAUUGUCAUGCCCGUUUACAAAGAAGACCCCGAUGUCCUUGUCGUCGCCAUCAACUCUGUCGUCGACUGCGACUACCCGCCGUCAUGUAUUCACGUCUUCCUGUCAUUUGAUGGCGACCAGGAGGAUGAAUUGUACUUGAACACCCUCGAAAAACUAGGAGUGCCAUUGACCCUCGAGACGUACCCCAAGAGUAUCGACGUUACCUACAAGUCCGCUCGCAUUACGGUUUCCCGUUUCCCCCACGGAGGAAAGCGCCACUGCCAGAAGGCUACGUUCAAGCUCAUCGACAAGGUCUACGAGACUUACCUCAAGAGAAACGACAACCUCUUCAUUCUCUUCAUCGACUCUGAUUGCAUUCUCGACCCUACUUGCCUGCAGAACUUCGUUUUCGACAUGGAACUGAGCCCCGGCAACCACCGAGACAUGUUGGCCAUGACUGGUGUUAUCACGUCUACGACUAAGAAGCACAGCUUGAUCACCCUACUUCAAGACAUGGAGUAUAUUCACGGCCAACUCUUUGAGCGUACUGUCGAGUCAGGAUGCGGUGCCGUCACCUGUCUUCCUGGAGCUUUGACAAUGCUACGUUUCUCGGCAUUUCGUCGCAUGGCCAAGUACUACUUUGCUGAUAAGGCGGAGCAAUGCGAGGAUCUCUUCGACUUUGCAAAGUGCCAUUUGGGUGAAGACCGUUGGCUCACUCAUUUGUUCAUGAUUGGAGCCAAGAAGCGGUAUCAGAUCCAAAUGUGCACUUCGGCCUUCUGCAAAACUGAGGCUGUCCAGACUUACAGGUCUCUUAUCAAGCAGCGUCGGCGUUGGUUCCUGGGUUUCAUCACCAACGAGGUUUGCAUGCUUACUGACUGGCGUCUUUGGAGACGUUAUCCCCUUCUGGUUCUUGUCCGCUUCAUGCAAAACACCAUCCGUACUACGGCCCUCUUGUUCUUCAUCAUGGUCCUUGCCAUCAUCACGACUUCCAAGAAGGUCGAGAACUUGCCGGUCGGAUUUAUCGCCAUCUCCUUGGGUUUGAACUGGCUGAUGAUGUUGUACUUCGGUGCCAAGCUGAGGAGAUUCAAGAUCUGGCUGUACCCCAUCAUGUUCAUCCUGAACCCCUUCUUCAACUGGUUCUACAUGGUUUACGGCAUUUUCACCGCCGGUCAGAGAACCUGGGGAGGACCGAGAGCCGACGCCGCCACUGCCGAUGUUGAUACCACACCUCAGGAAGCCAUUGAGCAAGCCAAGGAAAAUGGAGACGAACUCAACAUUGUGCCGGAGAGUUUCAUCCCUGCCACACAGGCUCGCAAGGAAAGCAUUGCAGGUGGCAAGGGAAACAUGGGACCAAUGGGCCGAAAGCACAGCGUGGUACAGCCACCUUCAAACCUCGAGGGACGUUUCGCAGCCAGAGAGAAGACGGCCAGCGGAUGGUAUGUCAACGCAGAAGACUCUCCGGUCACCGUCAACCGGUCCGGGCCAAGCGGGUUCGGGCCGGCGUGGGCCUUGCAGUCGCGCGACUCGUUCGACAGUAUGGUGUCGUCGCAGACCGCUGGCAACUCGGUCUAUGUUCCUCGACGUGUGGAGAGUAUCAUGGGCGACGAAGACCGCAAGAAGUAUGAAAUGGCACAGCAGAGCCAGUUCAACCAGUUCUUGGCGAAUUCUAAGCGAUUCGGCGGACAGCAGGCUUCGGGUCAGGUGUACGAGUACUCCGAGUCGGAAAUGAAGCGAGCCGGAUACCAUGACGCUGACCCAUUGGAAGGAGGCCCUUACACAGACAACGUUAGGCUGGCAAACGUUGAUAAUCGGCCCAAGUCUGGUGAAGGUCGUCAAGGCCUUGCCGCGUCACACUCGGCACGAAGCGGUCGGAGCCCUCUGGCACGUGCCAGUCUCGUUCGCACAAGCCCGUUGGAAGACGUUCAGUCUGAGGGAGAGAGCUCCAGCAACGGCGGUGGGCCCAGCCGAGACCACUCCCCCAAGGGAAAUGGCAGGUGA